CUUUUCUUUCUCUUCUCUUGCAUCGAUAUUUAUUCCUAGCACUCGUUAUACCCCAGAGCCAUACAUGAGCUCGCAACAGCCGUACAUGGCUUCGAGUUACCACUCUUUCCGCGAUUCCGCGCCCGGACCUUCUCGCUCACAGCACGUGACAGGUACAUGGCAGCCGCUUCCGUAUAUCUAUUCGGGAUUUGUUAUAUACCCAUUCCAUCCAGAGGUGCCUCCACCUACUCCGACGACGCUAGAUGAGACAUCGCCGAAAUUACCACCUUUCGUCCCGCAACAUGGUCUGGAUAUCUUGCCUUGGUCAGGUGGUAAACCAGAUCUGGCUGGGGGUGACUUGUAUCCUCAGGGGGAGAGAAACCCGUAUGAGAUACGACUGGAUAUCGGAGAUGAGUUUUAUGCCUUUGAAGAAUACCGAUGUCCGAUCGAAGAGGACGGAAGGGGUGACUUAUGGUAUAGAGGUUUUGUUGUCCAAGCCGUAUCCAUCACCUCCCUCUCUCCUGUCAUCCCAUCCGAAGCAAUGUCUGCUCAAACGGUUUCCUUUCCUCGACCAGAGCCAUCGGUAUUAACUGGCAUAUUCCCCGCUUCCGUUUGUCAUAUCCGUCCAGGAAAUGAAAACGAUACUGGAGAGCUCUCUAUCGCCUACGAAAAGGCUAUCCAAGCUGCGGAGCAAAGAAAUAGAAGGGUUCUCGAAGAAUCGGAUUACAAUCUUCGAGCUUUAGGGACCGGAAUAUUGAGCGAAAUGGACACGGUGAAAGAAGAGGAUGAAGGCUACGCAGGGCUGGUCUCCAAGCCGCAAAAUUUCGGUCUUGAGAGGGGCGUGGUCGAAGUUGGAUCAUCGGAAGGAAGACCCGUAGAUGCAUUGUCAAGAAAAGGCUCGAAGAACAGCUUUUCAAAACCGAAUAGACCAAAAUCUCUCGUGCUCGAGCAGCGAAAGACUGUGAUCGAAGAAGAUAAGGACCAGCCUCCUCUUCCAAGGCUUACCGCGGGGGACUCCACCGCGGGCGGGCAACAAUGGCCCCUAAUAGAUGAGAUAGCAUGUGCAAUCAGGGAAUGGUACAGCAGAUUACCAACAUAUCUGGCAAACCGAGAGUACCGCCUUUUCAAUACUGUCACUCAACACAUCGAUGCCCUUUCUCUGGGUCGGCGCCAGCUACUCUCACAAAUGCUUAGUGGCGAUGAACUUGUUCGUGUCCGUCGCGAAUGUGUCUCUCGCCUUGUCAAGUGCAAUGUCGCGCAGGGUUUGGAUGUCAUUGUGAGAAAUUUGGAAGACGGCAGUGUGGUAGUGGUCGAUAGGGAAAGGGCCUAUAGCGGGACGAAGUGGGUGGGAGGGAUAAGUUGUUACGUCUAUCAAGUCCGGCUCGCUUAUAUCGACGUUAUACCUCUCGACAAUGUCUUUGCCGAAGUCUUCUUAACUCCUCAGAAAGCAGUAUUCCAGUCGCAUACGCUUACAUCCUCCAAGGGUGAACUAUCUGACUUACCAGCAGGGUCAUUCUACCACCUGUUCCUCGAAUUGCGUGCCUUCGUCGCCAACCCUUGCGCCCCCGGUGAAACCGCAGAACUGUACUUUUCCCUCUAUAACAAAGCCGACAAGAGAUUUAUCUCCGAAGAGUAUUGUCUCAUUUUGAACCACUAUGGCUCCCCGGCGCGCGAUUCGGAACAACGCUUAGGGAGGAUACGAACCCUUUUCACAGAUCUAAAAGUCGAAGACCUUGCGCCAGACACGUAUCUUGUAUGCAAGAUAAUAAGGAACGGGGCUAUGAAGAUGCGGUCCGACGAUAGCAUGCUGCCGGCGUCUCUCUCAGCUUCUGUUGCUGGCCAGCGCUCGAGUUUAUAUGGUAUCUCGGAAACUGGACUCUCUGGUCACAACCAAUGGCGGGGUGAUUCAUUGAUGAAUCUUACUGACGAUUCUUUUUCCGUCACCUCUGCCUAUGGACCAGAGACUCAUCGACCGCCGACAACAACAGGCACCACUAAUGCACCUUCCAGUACGAUUGGUGGAGGAUCAGGAUUUGGCGGGAAAGUCAGAGUUAGGAGACCGUUAGGUUGGGCUGUCAUGCUUUUGCCUCCGAUGAGCAAGUUGAUGGGCGAUGGCCUGGAUAGGGAUGGCGGAGGGGUGGAGCAAAGCGUGAAGAUCUAUGUCCCGAGGGAAGAGAAGGAUUUUGCGGGAAUGUUUGAUGAUGUGAUUCACAAUCGCGUCAAACAAUACAUGGAUUUUUCAAGAGCACAGAGUAUCGUUCUCUAUCUCAAAUCAUUACGCGGCCCAGCCCCUCAGCUUGUUCGCGAACAUCCCUCCCUUUUGUUGGACAUCCCUCUUACAUCUCGUCUCUCGUUCCCAGAUGUCGUCUUCCCUGGCCAUUCACGACAUGAUCUCUACAUCAAGCUAUGUUCAGCUUCCUUCACAUCUGCACCUUCUUCCUCUUCCGGUUCUAUGAGACUGAAGAAAAACGUUUCACCUGGUUACAACAGUGAUGUGCAGGUGACUAUGGAGAUGAGAAAGGCAGAUGGGACUGUUGUUGAAGAUGCUAUCAUGGCAGGCGGAUCAGGCGAACCCGGUACGUCCCAAUGGAAUUCAAUGGUAUUCCACCAUAACGACAAACCGGUGUACGACGAACUUGUCAAGAUACCUCUCCCAGUCCAGUUGUCAGAAUACCAUCUUUUUCUUACGUUCGGCUCCAAGAGUAAAAACAAGCAAAUGACUGCGGACGAGGCUGAAAAGCCGUUCGCCUUUACCUAUCUUCCGAUUUCAACUGCGAACAUAUUUGUCAAGGAUGAUGAUCAUGAGCUUGUGCUCUACCACAUGGAUAAGAACUUUCAAUCAACGCCAAGUCUGUAUUUCGACGCCCCGCAUAGUGCGAAGGACUGGGCUCACGAUCCUGUUCUGCCUGAUACGAUUCUCAAGGGUAUGUCCCCUUUGAGAGAUAGGGUUAUGAUCAGAACCAGGCUUUGCUCGAGUGUUCAUACACAGGAUGAGACACUUCGCUCCUUGUUCGCCUGGCAGACUGCGACAGAGUCGGAAAAUGCCAUCGGACUUUGCGAGAUGCUCAAGAUGUUUGGUUUUGUGGAAGAGGAAGAGAUUUCCCGAUUUGUGCCGCAGGUGUUGGAUUCAUUGUUCGGUAUCCUGGUGACUAGCCUGAGUGAACGACAGGAGCAACUGAACGAUCUUGUUUUCAAAGGCAUGGUCAAAGUCCUCACAAUGGCCAAUGACAGGCGCUUCCCCAACUUCAAGGCUAUUCUUCAUAUGUACACCAGCAAACAAUUUCACUUUCCGGCCGCUUCGUUUCAACUACUUCGCUCGAUGAAGUCAGUAAUGGCCUUGCCGCAUACGAAAGAUUAUCGACUGUUCUUGAAAGUUUGGCACCUGUUCUUCCAGUUCAUCAUUCGUUCACGAGAACAGGAUCGUGGGAGAAGUGUCGGGGCCGAUGUCACUUCGGCGCAUAUUGAAGCAGAGUUUCAGAGCCAGAUCAAGCACAUUUUGAAGGAAAUCAAUAAUCUCAUGGAAUCACCUGACAAGAGCCUCAUCGGUACCCAGACUUUGGCCGUGCAGCAUUAUGCCAAUAUUCUUCCCGAUCUCGCCCAUAUCUUCCAGCCUCUUGAAAUAGCCGAGAUAAUCAUUGCUUUUGCCGACACUCUCUCGUACGCCACAGGAAGUAUUGCUGUCUAUAAGCUGUUGUUGUUGUUGCAGGUCGUCAAGAAUACUUUUGAGAUGUCAGAGAGCAGGAGAUUGUUGGUUCCUGCCAUUGUGAGGUGGUUGAAACCUCAUCUUGGACGAUUCGAUGAGUACAGCGGAGGCAUGGAGCCUGAUCAAACGGCAAAGGAUGGGCGAAGGAUGAAAUGGCUAGAGUGUAAUAGGUUGGCUGUCACAGGCUUGGCCUGGAUGACAGAUAAGCUACAACAGUGCUACGUAUCCCCGCAAGUUCAAGCGAAUGAAGACGUCAAGCGACAGGAAGAAGAUAACCUCGAGUAUUGUCUGACCCUUCUUUCAGGACUCUAUUCCUCAUACGCAGAACUCUCCAAUCCACGAACCCUCGAUGCCUUCCACAGACAACGCUCUUCAAUCACUUCGUCCAUCUGGGAAGAUACUCCCGAUAUAUUCCCUACUUCUUACCCCUUCGCCCUUAUCUCUCAAUUACCACCUCCAUCUCUCUUCGAGGCCCAUCAGAAUGCGAAUGACUCUGGCAUGUCUGCAUCAGAGCUGUUUAAUUGCGGUCUCGCAGAGUGUGCAGUUGUCAUCGUGAAUGUGAUCCUGGCUACUCCGGUAGACAGCAUCAUUAGGUGGAUCAGAGAAACAUUGGAAAUCGAAGGUGCAGAGUCUUGCGGAAAGCUCUUUAUCCACUCCUUCGACUUUGUCAAAUCUGUUAUCAGCUUUGAGGCUUUCCCGAGCCAAUGGCUUACCCUGAGAUCAAUGUGCUUCAGCGGCUUACUGAAGCUUCUCGAGUGCAUCGCGACGGUAAUGGAAGACGAUAUAUUUGUACCGUCUCCUCCCAAAUCUACUGGGAACAGCAUUUUCCCUAGUAAAAUCGAGGGAUUCGAUGCCAAUCUCUGGCGAAAAUGUUUUGAACUCUUAUGCGACUUCUGCGGAUCUGAAGAGUUAACUCUGGAAGACCAAACGCCUCAACGUCGACGAGCAGAAUGGAUCAUUUCUGGAGAUUUGAGGGAGGGCGGUGCGAGGCUACUGUUGAGGCUUUGGAACGCAGUUGGAUGGCCUCUUGACAUCCCUGGGGGUCACGCGUUAAGGAUGGGAGGGUAUCAGACGAAGUUCACCGGAUUGGGAAGCAAGGUGCUGGAGCUGUGUCAAUCAGGCCACGAUGUAUUGUGUGAGACGGCAGUCGAAAUACUGUUCUCCUUAAUAUAUGCUGAGCAUCUCCUGGAUAAGGAGUGCACUUCUAUAGAGACAGAAGUCUUUGUGACCCUGGAUAAACUGUUCACGGCCGAAGCCACUCCCUCUUCGUCUGACCCCACGCUGAAAUCUUAUUUUGUUGCCGAACUUCGUAACGUCUUCGAAUCCUCUCCGGAGAUUCAUCCAUCGUUUACUACCAAGCUCUCAAGCUUCCUCUCUCAGGCCGAGUACUUCAUUGACCUACUAUUGGCUCUUCGGGACGUACCUGUUGGCCCGCUAUGGCAUGAUGAGCGCGCCACCGCAAUUUACCAGCUGAUGAAUUUUGUCAGCGCGAUGGGUAGGAAAGGCUUGUAUGUGAGAUAUGUGCAUGAGCUGGUGAAAAAUAGCAAGAGCGUCAAGAACUGGCUCGGAGCUGGGCUUGCGUUGAAAUUGCAUGCCGACAUCUAUAAGUGGAAAGUGGGAGACGAACAUUGGGUGGAUGCUGGAAGAUGGGGCGAUUUGGAGCUACCUGCUCAUAGUGAGUUUGCAAGAAAACAGGCAAUCUACUAUCACAUCCUGGGAUAUCUUGCACAAGCCGAAGCUCAUGAGUUCUCCAUCAACCUUUGUCAAGAGCUCAUCACCCAGCAUCAAAGGCUCACAUACGACAUUAACAUGAUCACUGAACUUCUCGGACAUCAAGCGAAGCUGUGGAUGACUAUCGGGGAGGCGCCGAGGCCAAAACAGGAGUACUUUAGGGUGGCAUACUUCGGAGACAUUCUUUCACUGGACAAGAACAAAGAUUAUGUGAUCAGGGCCCAAGUAGGGCAAAAGUACACGGAUUUCUGUGACAUUUUGCAAACCAAAUAUCGCCAGGCCACGAUCCAUCGCUCCAAAAUACCUCCACCAGAGUCCAUCAAACGUGGUACCGACCCCGUCAUAUGGAUUAUGCCUGUAACCCCUGAACCUGACUUGACUAACCCUGUCUUUGGGGAGAAUGUGUCGGACAACGUCCAAAGUUAUUGGAGGUGGAAUGGGAUCAGGAGAUUCAGCAGUGUGAGACCGUAUUUGAAGGACCCAGGGGAGAGAGAAACGGCCUUGGCGUGGACAGAAAAGACUUUGUUGAUAACAAAGGACGAACUCCCAGGUGUGCUUUGCCGUGGCGAAAUUGUCAACAUUCGAUAUGAGCAGAUUGCUCCAAUAGCAAUGGCCAUAAUGGAGAUCAAGGCAGCUAUCAAGAGUUUGCAGAAAUCGAGCAGAGGGGAAAAUGGUCGACUGCCCGAAUCGAAGGCUUUGGGAACAGCCAUCAACAAUGCCGUGGACUCACCGGUCAGUGAGAGAAUCAAGAGAUAUCGCGAGCUGUUUAUUGAGGGCACUUAUUUGGACAGUCACCCGGAAGAUUGUGAGGAAAUUCAGCAGCUCAAAACCGCCAUAAUACAAUACGUGCGCGCAAUUCAGGACAGUUUGGAAGUGCAUAAGCGGAUAUGCAGAGAUGUCGCCUUCUACGAGAUUUUGAAGAACCAACUAUACAAAUCCUUCGCUGAGGAGGCUGGUUUCCCCUCAUCAUCUGCUUCUUCGGACGACCAUUUCCCUUCCUUCCCUUCAUUCGCUCCCGACUCGUCUGAUCACGGCAAAUACUACAGCUCGACUAAAAGCCAGCCGUCCAUUUCGAUCAGCUUUCACCGCUCAUCCGCCGACCGUUCUUUCUCUGACCACAGAGAACCGAACAUCACUUCAACGAUGGGUUCGGAGGGCUAUAAUCUGCCUCCUUUGAGGAUUGGUAGAUUGCCUUCCUCCGGUGGUCAACCCCUUACUGUCCAUAGUGCAAGCACUCAUACCCACACACCUCGCGAAUCCACCUCUACUACUCAUAAUACGCCUUCAACUCCCGUCCGCGCUGGCAUCACUACGCCUACAAGCCCUCCUUUCCGAACUCCUAGUAGAACGGGAAGCGCACGAAAGAAGGACCAUCGUAGAUCGUUGACGAGCCCCUUAGGUCCUAGUGAACUCGGUCAUGGCAAAAACAGAAGUGUUUCGAGUCUGAGUAUUAGGGCGAAGAAUAUGAUGCGAAUCGCGAGCAGAUCAAGUGGCAAUGUGGUAGCGGAAAAUGAUGUAGACGAAGAAGCACCGCCAGCGCCGGCGAAAGAAAAAGGACUGAAGAGAUUUGGAAGUCUGAUACGAAAAACCAAGUGAGAUACUUGACGUCAAAAUGUUCUAGAUUCCCUCUAUUCAUAUGCCCAAUUCGGUUUUAUUUCCUUGUGUAUAUUUACCUGUUGCUUACAAUAUUUGCAUUUACUUGUUCAUACAACAUUCAUGUAGCGAAAAUGACGGAAAGA